UUGUAAACAUUCGCCAUGGCAGGUGGUGGGAGUGGAGGUUUUCUGGCAAUUUCCUUGGUCUCUUUCCUUCACUAUGUAACUGCCAAGCCCUCAACCGGCACAGACAUACAGCUGGAUGAAAAAUAUUUGAUAACGCAUCGCAUUGACAGCCUCAACAUUUUGUUAUAUACGUUUUUGUUAAUUUUAACUGUGGUGACAAUAUGGAUCUUCAAAUACCGACGAGCAAGAUACCUGCACGAAACUGGACUGGCAGUUAUUUACGGCUUGAUAGUGGGUGCCAUUUUGAGGUACAGUGGAGACAGCACGUCCUUAACCCACAUGAGAGUCGAGUCAGAAGACACAACUUACAAUGACAACUUACCACCUGACUCAUUGUGGCUCAAGUACACUCGAGGUAAUGCUAGUCAGGGCAGAAUAUACGCUUACUCUUUUAAAGGAGAGAUUCCAGAGGCACUGGAAAAUGAAAUUGUUCAAAAGGCUACAUUCGACCCAGAGAUCUUCUUCAACAUCCUCCUACCACCCAUCAUCUUCAGUGCUGGCUACAGCCUUAAAAGGAAACAUUUCUUCAAGAAUCUUGGUGCCAUUUUCACAUUUGCCUUCAUUGGAACUACUAUAUCUACCUUUGUUGUUGGUGGUUUGGUGUAUGGCUUCCUAUGGCUGAUUAGUUCCUCCAUUACUUUCAUCGACUGUUUACUGUUUGGUGCACUCAUCUCUGCCACGGAUCCAGUAACAAUUUUAGCCAUCUUCUCGGAUCUUCAUGUAGAUGUGAACCUCUAUGCUCUGGUAUUUGGCGAAAGUGUCUUGAAUGAUGCAGUGGCCAUCGUGUUAUCUGGGGCCAUUGAAAGCUAUGGGAGUGACUCUGGUGGGUUUGAGACCUCGGCAUUCUUCUUGGCGAUACUCAAUUUCCUGUGGACCUUCAGUAUGUCCUUCCUCAUAGGCUCAGUGAUGGGUUGCCUUACUGCUAUACUCACAAAGUUCACCCGACUUAAGGACUUUCCCCUGCUGGAGACUGCGCUCUUUGUUCUCAUGUCGUAUUCAACCUUUCUCAUGGCUGAAGCUGCAGAUUUAACAGGAAUUGUUGCUGUCCUAUUCUGUGGUAUUUGUCAAGCACACUACACAUACAAUAAUCUCUCGGUGGAGAGUCGUGUAGCUACCAAAACUCUCUUUGAAUUACUCAACUUUCUGUCUGAAAAUUUUAUCUUCUCUUACAUCGGUGUCUCGAUGUUCACAUUUGACCACCACAAAUGGGACCCAGGAUUUAUCUGCAUUGCAUUUUUGGCUGUCAUCGCAGGAAGGUUCUUAAAUAUUUACCCACUUUCCUGCUUGCUCAAUAUUGGUCGCCGCCCUAAGAUUCCUCUCAACUUCAUGAACAUGCUGUUCUUCUCAGGUCUUAGAGGAGCUAUUGCCUUUGCUUUAGCCAUCCGCAACACAAGUAGUGAUGCACGAAAGUCCAUCUUGACCACGACGUCUCUCAUCGUCAUUGUUACUGUCAUAUUAUGUGGAGGACUCACCACACAAGUCUUGUCUUGGCUUGGAAUUCCUGUUGAUGUUGACGAUGAUGAGACCCAUCACCUGAACCAGUUCCAGCCCAUCAGAAAUGAAUACAAAAGCAUUGAUGGGUCCUGGGGUCUAGGAGGAGAAGAGGGAGGAGACUGCUCAGCCGACUCAAGCCACUCUAGUAAGAUUGAGAAAGCUUGGCUCUUCCGCAUCUGGUCAAAGUUUGACGUGAAGUUCAUGAAGCCCUUCUUAACAAACAGUCGUCCCACUCUGCUGGAUACCACACCGUUGUGUUGUGCGCCACUUGCAAGACUUCUUACUACCACCGAACAGCUCACACAGGUACCAGCACCAGGGCCGGUGGAUGAUAUGGAGCUGGCUAAUACAGUGCUUACACACAGGUACCAGCAUUAUGGUCAGAGAUUGAUGAGCUGGUUGAUGUAGUGUUGACACACAGGUACCGGUAUUAUGGUCAGAGGUUGAUGAGCUGGUUGAUGUAGUGUUGAGACACAGGUACCAGCAUUAUAUAUUUGGUCAGAGGGGAUGUAGAGAUGGUUGAUGUAGUGCUGACAUACAGGUAUCAGUAUUAUAAUUAACAGGUGUUAUAUUGUUCACACAAUAGUAUUAUGUUAAGCAGGUUUUGUAGAGAUGGUUAUUGUAGUUU